AUGGCAUCCGCAGAAACCUCACCGACCUCCUCCUUCGAGUUCUCGGGAUACACAAUGGCGGCGGAAUCCACGCCACCUACAAAUCACAUCGCGACCCCCAAGACAAUGGGCGAGCUCACAGUGGUCAAGGUCGACCCGCAAAAACACCCCAAGAAUAAGCGGAAGCGUACCCAGGCUGGAGACAAGACCAUCUUAGAAUCCGCCUACCAAGAAAACCCCAAGCCUGACAAGAUAGCGCGUCUCGAAAUCGUAAAACGCGUUUCUUUGAACGAGAAGGAGGUUCAAAUCUGGUUCCAGAACCGCCGCCAGAACGACCGCCGCAAGUCCCGCCCUCUUACGCCGCAAGAGAUUGCCGCCCUUCGUUGCGGUGGUAUCCAGAUCAUCUCCGAGCUCUCACUCCCUAAAACCUCGCUCCACCCCGAAAACCCCUACUCUCCCGCUCCAAGUGUCGGUGCCGUCGUGAAUGCUAGCAGCCAUGCAUCUCCCGCGUUAUCCCAGGAGGCGGAUAGCCCCCACUUUCACGGACAUGGAGCUGGAAGUGAUGUAAACGAGUCACCGGUCAUGGACUCUGAGGUCAAGCCCGAAGAUAUCCCAAGAGUCGGUGCCCAGACUCCCUCGCCUCCUUCGGCCAGCACCUCCCCAGCAAUCUCUCAAUCCUUCCCUGGGGCCGGCGGCUUCCUGUCCAACCGAUGGAACCCUCUCAGCUCCUUCUCCACGCCAUCGGCCUUGGCCGGCGGCGCUAGUGACGAAGCUGUCAAGCUCGACUCUCUCGCACCGUCGUCGUGCUCUUCGACUCGGUCCGACGGCAACGUACUUCCCCGACCAUCCCGAGUCCGCCUCCGAGCGACCCAUGUCCGCGCUUCCCACAUUACCUCAGGUCCGACCCCGGAGCCUGCAACGGAGCCACAGUGCCCUCCCCAGCAUAACCCUACCCCUAUCUCUGCCUUGACGGGUAGCCUUCCGCCUCCUCGUCUAUCUCGCGGCAGGUCUCGCGAUGUCAAUGCCUGGGAGCUGUGCUGCGACGACGACGCGCCCGACGAUUUGACCAAGAUGGCGGAAAACGAGGCCAACGGUUCGGCCCUCGCUGCCAUUAGCCUUCUCCGAUCCUCGGGAUCGGUCCUCCAGCCCAACGGCUCGAAGCGCAACGCGCCCCUCGCGAGGCGCUCUCAACUCAACGCCAAGAAGACGAAACUGGGCAGGAGUUUCUCCAGCAUUUCGCGACUCUCUAGCGGUCCUCUUACCGAAGUUGUGAGGGUCAGGGACGAGAACGACGAGUUUCCCGAGAAGGAUGCCCCCAGCAAGAAGCUCAAGGUGUCGAUGCUCGUUUCCCCAUCUGGCGACUCGGACAAGGAGAACUGGAGCCCUGACGAGGAGGGAAACCUGCCAUUUGGCCGAACAGCCACGAGGGCCCACUUUUGGUCUAUCCGGGCUAAUACCGCGCCUCUUCAACGUCGCGGCCUCAAAUCUGGGGAUGAACCCGUGAGCAUCUUUGAGGAUGAUGAGACUCGGCGAUCCCGAAUGCCGGAGGAGGAAGUGGAGCGGUUCAUGCGAGGCGAUGUGAGCCCGAGUAAGAAGGGCGAUGCCGAUUGCGUUGCCGGCUUGUUGGCUCUCAGCCAGGGCAACUGGAGGUAG